AUGCUGCACUCCAAUCUCCUAAGACUUGUGGCCCGCGGAGGUCCCAGAAGACUAAUGUCUACUGCCACCAAGUUGACCACAGUGGAGGUCAACGAUAAGACCGGAAUCGCCACCCUCACAAUGAACCGGCCUCCGGUGAAUAGCCAAAAUGUCCAAUUGCUCGUGGACCUGCAGAGUUCCAUUAGCGAAAUCGAGAACAACAAAAGUAGGGGCCUCAUUUUGACCUCCGCUAGUUCCAAAGUGUUUUCAGCUGGCCUGGACAUCCUGGAAAUGUAUAACACAAAUGAGGAGCGACUCCGAAUCGUUUGGACUGAGCUGCAGAACGCGUGGAUUGCCCUUUAUGGAACCAGUUUGCCCACGGCUGCAGCUAUUAAUGGUCACGCCCCCGCUGGAGGAUGCCUCCUGGCCACCGCCUGCGAGUAUCGGGUGAUGGUGCCCAAAUGCCUGAUUGGACUGAAUGAAACCCAGCUGGGAAUCAUUGCCCCCAAGUGGCUGAUGUCCGGAUUCCUCAACGUGCUGCCCCAAAGGGUGGCAGAGCGUGCUCUCACCCAGGGACGCCUGUUUACCACGCAGGAAGCCUUCGAGGAGGGCCUGGUCGAUGAGAUCGCCAACUCCAAGGAAGAGGCCCUGGAAAAGUGCGCCGCCUUCAUCGGCAGCUUUGCCAAGGUCAAUCCUCUGGCCCGUGGACUGACCAAGCUGCAAUUCCGUGCGGAAAAUAUUAAGGAGUUUGAAAAGAUACGCGAAAAAGAUGUAGCUGAUUUUGUAGCUCUUGCUUCUCGCCCGGAGAUUCAGAAAGUUAUGGGCGAUUAUCUUGAAAAUCUAAAGAAGAAAGGGAAGAAGUAAU